GGGCUCCAAAUCCAAGGCAAACAGCCCUGACACAAACCGACCCUCUUCACUCUCAUUCUACUGGACUUCCAAUUCACAAAAGGGAAACGUGCACAUUACGGCAGGAUAACUCCGACAGAAACCUGCCCUCAAUCUCAGCCGCGCUGUCACACACUUGCACACAGAUAUACAAACACAUUCACAGCCACACAGCCGCGCACACACACACACAGACACAGACACACGCGCGCACCGAAGAGCAAACAGUCUCUCUCCCUUUCUCUCUCUCGCACUCGCUCACCCACUCUCCUCUCCCUCCCAUCCACACACGCACACCACUACAGUAUAUCAGCUAGCGACUGGCAGGGAAACGGAGGGGAGAGCAGAAAUGAAUGUGAAGAUCUUGACGCUGGUGAUUGUGCUGGUGGUUUCUCUGCUGUGUUCAGCCAGUGCUGGUCCAAUGGCCUCCACCGAGCAUAGCAAAGAGCUAGAGGAGGUGGGCAGCAUGAGGACUCCUUUGCGGCAGAAUCCCGCUCGAGCCGGCCGGAGCCAAAGACCUGGCUGGAGGAGGAGACGCCCUCGACCCCGUCUCUCCCAUAAGGGGCCCAUGCCAUUUUAGAGCAAGGCACAGCUUAGAGUGCCCUCCCCCUUGGUUCUGAUUUCUAUGCUCUUCCUUUGCCUUGGGGGGCCUUGCAACAAGGGGCCUUUGCUAGCCCAGCCUGAAGAGUGAUGUCCAUAGCACCUGCUGGUUCUUCAAGCAACUCUUCUUCUGUCCACAAAAAACCAGGACAAGCCACUCACCCUCAGCUCUACGAAGAAUUGUGGGCCGGGAACAGGGGUGGGGGGUAUUGAGCCCGAGCUAUCAGAUUCUGUCUCUCUCUGUCUGUCUCUCUCCUCCUGUGGUUUUCCUCAUUUGCUUUCUAGAGCCCUUUCAUGGCCACACUUUGCAUGAUGUGUGAGCAGUGGGGAGCCUGGUCCAAACAGUUAUAGUCUGAAAAGCAUCAGUUUCUUCUCCGAGGUGUGCUAGUCCCAUUCUCUCCAGCGUGAAGGUGACCACAGUGCUUUGUCCCAUUGCUACAUGUUGGCAACUCUUGGCUUAUUAAUGGUGUUUAUGAGGGAAGAAAGUGGUAGGGGCACUAAAAUAAGGCACAACUAAAUGCUUAGGCCCAUUAUGGCCAGGUCAGCAACAUUAAUUUUUUUACAUUUUGCACAAUUUUGUCAUCUGCCUGCAACAACUACAAAAAAGGACAGUUAGCUUAAUAAUAGCAUCAAUGAGUGCAUUUACAUGACAAACCACUCACAAAACAAUGAUCAAAAAGGACUUGUUCUAGAAACCUGACGAUGAAAGAAACCAUGUUUAAAUGAGAUCGACUAUGUUUAAAUCGAGUUUUGGCGCCAAAAUGUUAACACACAAAGCAUGCACCUCCAGAACGCAGAUUGUGCAUGUAUGGUUCAGUUAUAAUUACCUCUAAAAUGUUGAAUGAAUAUAAUUCAUUGGCAUAUCCGUGAGAUUGCAUCUCAUUGUGCUGUCCAAUGGCUAUUACACUUCAUCCUACCAAUGAGCCUAAGAGUUGUCAGGCAUCAGAAGCUUAAGGAUAAAGCCAGUGUCUCAUUAUCAGAAUCACACUCCACUUCCAUGAGCGUGAGAUCAUCUGUCCUGAGCCCUCUUCUCCUCCCCCAUGACACACUCUGCUUUACAGCAGAGAUACAUGACUGUUAACUGGCCAGGGUGAUCUGCUUCAUAAGGCGGACCAUCUCUCCUUUUAAUGAAGUGCCAAAUAGCAAAUCUACUCCACAGUGCUGCCAGGAGAAGAAAAGUAAACAUGUUACCUCUUAUCUUGGGGGAAGCAUAACAUCUAACCACAUGUAUGCAUUUUGCCAUUUGUUUGAAGAUCCAAUAUAAAGGCAAAGGUAGCAUGGUUUGAAGACAUUAGACCAAAAAGAAAACAGAAAAUUCCAUAAAGAUCUGAGAUUGUCCCCUUGACCGGAUUCUUUGACUGACAGAACUCUAUGCCUUUAUUUGACAUCAUACUGGAAAUAAUUUCUUGUUUAGUUCUCAUUCUUUUGGUGUUAUUUUUGUUAUAUUUCAAUUCAUUUCUCAGGGUGCUGUGACAGAAGCCUGUAUGGUCUAUAUUACAUGCAUUUAUUUAAAAAACACACAUUAUUUGUAUCCGCACCAUUUAGCUUCAUGCUUAUGUAUCUGCCACUUUAGCUACAUAUUCAGACUAUGUUUUUACAAGCCAUUAUUUUUCUCUCCCCAGUGGGAGCAGCUGCCUUUUGAGUUUGAGCCUCUGUAGCACAGACGGCUACGACGGUUAUUAAACCCCACUGCUAAUCGGUUUUAGAUUGGAAUCACUAAAAUCUCUUUCAAGUUCACAAGUCAAAAUGGCAUAGAAUGAGCACACUACCUUCAUGUUAGACUGAUUUAUGAUGUAAUAAUCUAUAAAUAGGAGCAACCCUUGGCAUGGGCAUCGUCAAACCUUCAUAACUUUCAGUAAGACACAAAUUAUGAGGCCGAGAUUAGAGGCUGUUAGCUACACUCUUUAAUUAGACAACACAGCAAGUCAUUGCAAAUUAGCAUUUGAGUCCCUCCCCGGUUUCCUGUUCACUGUUUGUCUGUGGAUUUGGAAACAGAGAGCCGUCGUGUUAACCCGCAAACACCGCCUUGCGGCAAAAUCAGAUCUUCAUAAGAGAGUGCCUAAAAACCACAGCGGUAAAACACCCAGCCGAGCUCACCUCGAUUAAAAAUGUAUCGAAUCUUAAGGCACUGUGAAUACUAAUAAUUCCAGUCACGCUAUGAUUAUUUUAUACCCUCUCAGACAGAUUUCAUUAACGCUUUCUCAGAACGGCAGUGCUCCCAAGAGCUCUGCUUCAUGGAUCAGUAGGUCAAAACGCAGAGAAGAUCCAAGCUUGGGUGGCUGAGUUGCCGUACACUCCGUCUGAAGAGUCUGUCAGAGGUGCAGAGUAAUGCCUGUAUUCACACUGUUGUUCAUGAAUGUAUCUUCACCAUCCUCACCGGAGCUGAGCUGCCCCUCCAGGAAGGGCCAUCAAGCAGCGUUUCAGUUCAGUUCAAGCCUUGAAUCAUGAAAAACUAGCCCGUCACUGCUACAUACGACAACCGACCCGAUCCCCCUUCCCACCGAUGGUGAUGGUUAUCUGUUUCAUCAAACAUCCAAAGACAAAUAUGACAAAAUCCAAAGCUUGCUAUAGCAGAGACCCCUACCAAUCACUUGGCUUUCCUCCAACAGUUCUCUGUACGGACAUGCAAGGCUGCACUUUUUGCAAUUCCAUUAUGCUGCUGGAAAAUUAAAUCCUGAAAACAAGUCUUUUGGCAUGUAAUGGUUUUCCAGUGUCUUGUGACAAUUAAAUUGACUGAUUCUUGUCUAGCUGGUUGUCCAAAGCUUACUUUUCGAUAGAGUGUGGAAAGCUGUAUUUUAUUUUUGUGUGUGAGGUCGUAUAAAAGUGUAGAAAAAGUAGUCUGCUGCACAAUAUGUCAUGGACACAAAAAAGCUUUCUCACCCUCCUCUGCCGUCGAACUCGGUCCAUCGUCCCCGUCAGCACAUCAGAUUAAUGGAGCUUGCGGCACCAAGAGUACAAGCACGUCCAGACUCAAAACUGAAAUGGCAAACACACGCAUUAUACUUACAGAGCACAAAUCAUUUUGUAUAAAUGUUUUUGUUUAAAGAGCUCACAUGAGAAACUCAUUCCUACUCUAUCAUAUGUUUCUGCCCAAUUUGGCUUCAUCAUUAGUCCUAUGCACUUGUACGCACGUUCUACUUGAUCAUUCAGAGGUCUUUUGUUUGAGUACAGAAUUUUGCAUGGGAGAAAGGUAUCCAGAAGGUGUUUGUAUGUUGAAAACAGAGUUGUGGAAAGUGAAACGAGGUCCAAAGAGUUCCCUUGCAUCGUAAUUGUUUAGAGAGGAAGGAUAAAAGCAAUGAAUACAAUACAAAACUCCUCUUUACCAUUGUGAUUCAUUACAUUGGUUUUACCAAGACAUUCAUUAGGGCACACAGAAAGAGAAAAGACCCAUUUGGCCGAUUGUUUUCAAUUAGCUCGUCACGGUGCAUGUAAAAUGUGGCGACCAGAUCGAGUAACUGAAAUCCAAUCCCAACAGUUCACAAAUGUCCACCAACUGGUUGGGAUGCUUAGAAUGAUCCGAUUAUUCUGUUGCUUCAAACAAGACUUCACACCCAUAAAGAGCUCUAACCUCUAUCCAAAAUGCAUCUAUACACACGGCCUGUUUGUUCAGCACACCCAUCCAUUUCAAAUCUGAAAAUCUGUCGUCAGGCCUGGCAUUUCAACAGUAUUAGUGGGCCAUGUGAAAAGCAGCGUAACAGCAAGGUAUUAUUCCUCCUCUUUAUUCCUGUUGGAGGUGUGUGCUCAUCAAACUCACCUGGCCAAAUGUACAGUCCCUGUCUCUGUUUUGAUGUUGACCUGGGCAAAAACAAAUGAAUAAAUAAAUGAAUUAAACAAGUGUAUCAGAAAUGGUUGAAAUACUGUGUACAUAUUUGAACUUUUGGUUUCUAAUUUAUAAAGAUAAGCUUUAGCUCUUGGAGUACUUAUUUUAUUUUUUUCCUUUCAUGCGUAGCUUUGUGUUUUUAUUUUCUAUUUCUGUAAAGUGUGUAAAUAUAUCUUUAUGAUAAUAAGUAAUAUUAAAAAUCUUAUUUUAAGAAA